AGUGUUAUACACUUAUACUUGUAGACUUGUAGUUCACUUGAUACUCCCGAUAGUGUGUUUAGACUUCACAGUUUAGACGCACUCAAUUAACAAACCCUGUUCAAAGCCCUUUCAACCAUAUUUAUUAAUCAUAUCCAGCCGGCAGCCGGGAACCGGCCCCACACUCCCACAGACGCCAUCACUGCAGCCGGAAGACUCCACCGGCCCAUCACAGUUCAGUGCAGCCUUCUCUUCCCAGGACCCAGUCGGCUAUAAAUAUGCAAAAUAGAAUGAGAUAAUCAAUGAAAUUCCGCGAUUUCGUCUCUAUCUCAACAAAGCUUCCAUGGGAAUGAACAAUGUGGUUUGAGUUCAAGCUAGCUUGAGUUCGUUCCAUCUACUUGGAGCAUGUCUUGCAGGUUGUCCACUAGACUGUUGAAUAUAUGCAUAUCUACUUUAUGUAAAUUAAAAAAACUGGACAAAGCAGAAGCAGUUAUAAUUGAUGGUAUACGGUUAGGGGUUCUCCCGGAUGUUGUGACUUAUAAUGCCCUUGUUGAUGCUUAUUGCCGGUUCGUAGGCAUUGAUGUAGCUUAUGCUGUCGUUCGUAGAAUGCAAGUUGCAGGUAUUAAGCCUAAUAUAGUGACUUUUAAUUCAUUGUUAGCCGGUGCCAGCAGGCAAUGCCAACUGUCACUAUCCCUUGAUAUAUUUGAUGAAAUGCUGAAUUCGGGUAUUUCACCAGAUGUAUGGAGUUAUAAUACAUUAAUGCAUUGCUUUUUUAGAUUUGGAAAACCAGAUGAAGCGUAUAGGGUUUUCCGUGAUAUUAUUCUUAAUAAUCUCUGUCCCGAUAGAACUAGUUUCAACACAUUACUUAAUGGCCUAUGUAAGACUGGGUAUUCUGAUAAUGCCCUAAUGUUGUAUAGGAACCUGAAGCGUCAUGGCUGGGAAUUUGAUUUGAUAACAUAUAAUAUACUUAUUAAUGGGCUAUGCAAAGCGAGUAGGUUGAAGGAAGCUAGGUGGGUUCUGAAAGAGCUUGGUGAUACAGGUUACAAACCCAAUGCUAUCACUUACACUACAGUAAUGAAAUGUUGUUUUAGGUGUAGAAAAUUUGAUGAAGGCUUAGAGGUUUUCUACGAGAUGAAGAGCAAAGGUUAUACAUUUGAUGCCUUUGCAUAUUGCACAGUUGCAGGGGCUCUUGCUAAGAGAGGAAGGCUUAAAGAGGCAAAUGUUUGUAUGGAAGCUAUUUCAAAAAGUGGAGUUGCACUUGACAUUGUGUCUUAUAAUACUUUAAUGUAUAUUUGCUGUAAAGAGGGGAAGUUUGAGGCUAUAUAUGAAUUGCUGCAUAAGAUUGAGAAAGAAGGUUUAGAAUGUGACAUCUAUACUCAUACCAUUUUGAUAGAUGGGCUUUGUAAGGCAGGGAAUAUUGAGGGGGCUAAGAAACAUUUACAAUUAAUGUGUUCAAUAGGCUUUCAUACAAAUAUGGUGGCUUUCAAUAGCUUGCUUGAUGCAAUGUACAAAUCUGGCCAUGGGAAACAUGCGAUGGAACUUUUUAAGUUAAUGAAGAUGAAGGAUGAAUUUACUUACUCCUCCAUGGUGCACAAUCUUUGUAGAGAAAGAAAGUUCUGGAGUGCAUCCAGACUCUUGUUAUCUUGUCUAAAGAAUGGAAUGAACAUAUUAAAAUCUGCUGAGCGAGCAGUUAUUAGAGGCAUUCGUGAUUCAGGAUUCAGGAAAGUUGCAAGGAAACUCCAUUCAAAGAUUAGAAUGAAAAAAUUUCUGCAUUAGAAUUGUCCAGUAUCUUUUGGCAGUCUGUGGCUUCUUUAUUUGCUGAGUCAUCAACCUAUUUGACUGUAAGAUUAAAAUACGAGAGAAUAUUAUUUGACUUUGGGAUAUCAAAGAGAAUCCUAUUUGACUUUGAGAUGUCAAUACUGGAGAAUCCUUUUGGGUAAGGCAUAUCAUUACUAGUUUCUUUUGGAGAACAAGACUUCUGCUGAAGGUGAUUGCUAGUGCUGCCUGUGGCAUACUUAGGAAUGAAUUUCAGUGUUUCAGGCAAAUCAACAGCAAUGCAUAUUUUUUUACACUUAGCUGAACGUUGAACAGUGUCCAAACACUUUUUUGGAAGUUUAAAAGCUAAAUACGUGGAUGUCGUGGUGAUGGUUCAGACGCAGUUUUUCUCUUCAUAUUUCAUCCUUUGCAAAAAGAAAUUUCACGUCAAUAUAGUGUACAUUGGGCUUGUUGAUUCUGAGAAGUCGACUAUUACUGGUCACAUAAUCUAGCAAGUGUCUAAUUGUGAAUUCUGUAGAAAGCGGCAGACAUGAGCAAGAGGGCAGUCCUGGAUGUCUGGGUGCUAAACAAGGUCAAGGCUGGGUGUGACUGGUUACCAAUGAUUACCUUGCGCAAGUUUGAAUGAACAACUCAUACUAUCAUUGGUUCCCUUGGACCCCGUCAUGUUACAAAGAAUAUAUUACUGGUACUUUCAAUUGUCAAUUCUGUUGUGAACUUGUGAUAUUGGCUCCUUCAUUGGAGAUUUUGAGGUUGGUAUCAAGGUCCAACGAUUGUUGUAGCUUUGAACAUGCCCUUAUUGCUUUUACCAUUAGUGUCAAAUAAAUGAUUUGCUGCUUUAGAUUUCAUCAUGUGAUAAAUUGAAUUUCUUCUAAAUUGGAAUAUUUAAAUUUCCAAACUCUGCAUUUUUCCUAGAAAAGCCUGACUGCAUUACACCAAAGUACCCGAAAGCCAGGCACAAUGAAAUCGUCUUGAUCGAGAUGGUGUUCUCAGAUAAGGAGCGAACAAGCCAACAUUCUGGAGGAAUGGAGCAAUUGGCUUCGUGAAGAUGGUUCCAACCAAGUUUAUUGCCUUGGAGACUCUGAGUAUUCAUUUUCUUGAGGAGCAUAAGGCUGUCUACAACUGUUAGUGUUACCAGAAUUUAGGAAAGAAGAUCCAACUGUUACUGAGGUUAUUAAGGUCCCCAGAAAAAUAGGUCUGCAUAUCUGUGGAAACAGAUGAGCAUUGCUGUUCGGAGUGUCGUAGACCUUUAUCAAAUAAAAGUUGCUUUGUGUUUUGUUUUGGACAUGUGCUCUCUUUGUCACAAACUCUCGUGGUGUAAUCGGGUGCUGGAUUGUUCGGUGGCAUAUUUUGAUCUGCACUGCUCCGUCAUCUUGUGUCAUUAUUGUAAAAUUAUGAUGUCAUUUCUCUCAAUAGUACCUUAGAUGUAACUUGUAAGAAGUUACUUUUACAAUUGUUGUUAAGUGUAUCUCGUGAGCAAGUAUUUUAUCUUUGAUAAUCACUGUUUGAUUGUA